AUGGAAGGACAAUUGGUUAAGAUAUUACUGAAGUGUACGGUUGCUACACUUGCACGUUUGGCAGUGAUAUGUGGUGCACCAGCUCCUGCUGCUAUAAAAGAUGUCAGAAUCAAGUGGUUUGUCAAUAAUUACAAAUUCUAUGUAGACAAUUUCAAUACCCAUUCUCCACAGAAAUCACUAUUGGGUAUAGAUGUUGGCGUUAAGAAUUUUUCCUAUUGCAGGUCAAUAGGUUCAUCUUUCCCCAUAAAAAUCACAGAAUGGGCAAAAUUAGAUUUAAAUGAAAAAUUUGGGAAGAAUUAUCAACCACUAAUAGAUAAAGAAACCAUGAUUGAUACUAAAAGAUAUUUUCAAUUUAUUACAAAAGCAUUAGUUGAUGAACUACAACCAAAACAAUCUGAUGUAGUUGUAAUGGAAGCACAAAGAACAAGAUCACAUGGUAAUUCAAGUACUUUACCUUCAGUUUUAUUAUGUUAUAAUUUAGAAAAUUUGAUAGUAAGUAAUGCUUAUCCUAAAAUCAUUAUUCCCAUGACGGCUCAUCAAAUGACAAAUUAUUGGAUUCAUAGAUUUGUGGCUACUAAAGCUGUUAAGAAUGCAACAAAAAAUCAAAAGGCCAUUCGAUUUGAAUUGCUCAAAUCAUGGAAGGAUAAAUUGUAUAAGUUACCAGGAUACGGCGAUGAAGAAUUAGAGAAGAAAAAUGUGUUGGAAUAUCUUAAAUUAGAUAAGGGAGAGAAGAUUGAUGAUUUAAUGGACAGUCUUUUAUAUAAUCUAACCAUAACCAGUCAAUUUCAGAAUUUAAAAGAUUUUCAUGAUUUGGUAUCAACCGAUGUGGAGAAAUGUGAUAUUCAGGGCUUUGUUGAUGUAAAAGAUCAGUAUCAUUUAGAAUUGAUUAAACCAGUUGUAGAAAAGUAUAAGCUAACUUUGAAAUAA